AUGGAUAAUCAGCGAGAAAAAGAACGUGAUCGAUCCAGACGAGGGGACCGACCAUCCAGAUUUUCUGAUGCAACCAGAGAUCGCUCAAGCGACCGGGAGCGCCCUGAAGGGAAAAGAUUGUUAGUGUCCAAUAUUCCUUAUGAAUUUCGCUGGACGGAAUUAAAGGAUUUGUUUAAGGAGAAGGUUGGAGAUGUGGCUUACGUAGAACUAUUCAAUGACGAAAAUGGGAAACCUAGAGGUUGUGGUGUAGUUGAGUUCACAAACCCUGAGGCCAUGAAGAAAGCUUUAUUUGUCAUGCACCGUUAUGAGUUGAACGGUCGUAAAUUAGUGUUGAAGGAGGAAACAGUUUCAGGUAAUGACAGGAAUAGGAUGAAUUCCUCUCGAUCUGGAGGCGGUGGUGGUGGUGGAGGCGGCGGAGGCCGUAAUGCUAGGAAUGAUGAUAAGGAUUCUUUCAACUGGGGUAUCAGUAAGCCACGGGAACCAGAAAAUUACAAUACCUAUGGUCUAAGUCUCCAGUUUCUUGAGUCCAUAAAUGUACAACCACCUUUGGUUAAGAAAGUAUUUGUUGCCAAUCUUGACUACAAAGCAGAUAGGACUAAAAUAAAGGAAGUUUUCAAAAUGGCUGGCAAAGUCCGCAACAUUGAUCUGGCAGUAGACAAAGAUGGUAACAGCAGGGGAUUUGCUGUUAUUGAGUAUGAUCAUCCAGUUGAGGCAGUUCAGGCAAUUUCUAUGUUUGACAAACAAAUGUUGUAUGAUCGAAGAAUGACAGUGCGCAUGGACAGGGGUGUAACAGAUAAGGGUGAAGUGAGGUUACCAGAAGGCUUGAAAAGCAUUGGUCUUGGUCUGGGACCUAAUGGGGAGCCUUUAAGAGAUGUAGCAAGGAAUCUUCCAACUCAGACACCAACUACUACAAAUCUAAGUCUAGCAAAUACUGGGACUGCAUUAGGUGCAGGAGUUUUGGGUGCAGUACCUACCGCUGGUGUGACUUUGAAUGGACUUGGAGCAGGAUUAUCAGCUAACACUUUAAAUACCAACUCAGCAUUGGGUGGUAACUUAGGACUACAGGCAUUUAGUUUGACUGGCUUGGGAGCUUUACAAAAUCAGUUGCUGCAACAAGGUUUGACUGCUAAUGAUUUAGCUACAGUGCUUACAGCACAGGCCAAUGUGAACUCAAACAACUUGGGACUUGGUAAUUCAGACUUAGGUUCAAGCCUGAACUUGAACAACUCUAGCUUGGCCAACAGUGUUAUGGGCAACAACACUCUUAGCUCUGGACCUCUCUCAGGCAAUAACAGACAAAUGGGUGGUGUGACAGUUUCAGCCCAAUAUGGACGGGAUCCCGGGGUCCAGCAAUCAAGCAGGGACAAAUCAUCUGACAUGGUCAUCAUCACUAAUUUGCCGCCAACAGUGACGUGGCAAUUGAUUCGUGAGAAGUUCAGCGAGUGCGGCGAUGUGAAGUUCGCUGAAAUGACUGCGCCCGAUACAGCUGUGGUCCGCUUCCAUAAGGAGUGGGAUGCGGAAAGAGCUAUAAAAAUGUUCGACCGCACCCGCAUCGAUGGAAGGACGAUCGAUGUUCGCUUUUUUUAG